GAUAGUUUUUGAUAUGAAGAGGUGCUAGCUCGACUGAUUUUUCCAUUGGCAGUGCUAUGGCGAUUGUAGGAACGACGAGCUUUCCUCGUGUUUACGCAAAUGGAGAUAAGGGGAGAAUUAGGGAAAGUGGUAGCAUGGCGGUGACAAGUCGUCCGCGAACUUCAUGGCUGUCGGUCUACAAGAUCUCCGACACCAUCUGGAAGAGGAUCAUCCACUUCCGGGGGCAGCCAACUUCGUCGAGCGUCACAAUUGUCGCGGACAAGAGGAGCAAGAGCGAUGAGAAGCAGGAGGACAAGAUUGCGGCAGUGGUAGCCGACCAAGCCGACCCUUCGGUCGCUUGGGAGCAAAGGGUCAAAGACGUGGAAGCCGAGAAGCGGCGUCGAGCGCUGCUCAACCCGGGAUUUAGCUUCUCAGCUGCUGGGCUUUUGUUCCCUUACCACCUGGGCGUGUGCCAGUGCCUCAUGGAGCGGAACUAUAUCACGGAGGAUACUCCUUUAGCUGGAUCGUCGGCUGGAGCGCUCGUUUGCGCUGUUGUAGCGGCAGGGAUGAGCAUGCAAGACGCACUGGUCGCAACCAAGGAUCUAGCACAAGAUUGUCGUGCCAACGGGACCGCUUUCAGGCUCGGGGCUGUGCUGAGGAGAGUUUUGUACAAAGUUAUGCCCGAUGACGCGCACGUUAAGGCGAGCGGGAGGAUCAGAGUUGCAAUCACGCAACUCUUUCGAGUACCAAGAGGCCUGCUCGUUGACCAGUUUGAUUCCAAAGAAGAUCUGAUCAACGCGUUGCUUACGUCGUGUUUCAUUCCCGGUUAUCUAGCACCACGACCUGUUACCGUCUUCAAGAACAGACUGUGCAUCGACGGCGGGUUCACGCUCUUCAUGCCCCCUUCAGCUGCUGAAACAACGGUUCUUUCGUGUCACUUGCUAAGAUUCGAGUUGGCUUCUGAAUUUCGCUUUGCUUUUACACAGGUACGAGUGUGUGCCUUUUCUGCCAAGCGCCUCGGUCUUCAAGACACAGUGGGUAUCAGCCCGGACUGUAAUCCCGACAACCGAGCCUCUCCAAGACAGCUUUUAAACUGGGCUUUAGAACCGGCUGGAGAUGCAGUAUUAGAUGAGCUCUAUGUCCUGGGCUACAAGGAUGCUGCAGUGUGGGCAAAUGCAAAUCCUUUGAUCAAUUUUAGAGGCAAGGCAGCAGCUGCUCCAGUUUGAAGAUGCAACAAACGAUUGCUGUAUCAUACUAGAGGCAUUCAUGCGAAGGUAAGAAAGGAAAUAUAGAGAUUCUUUGGGACACCAUUCUCUAGAGACUAGCAUUUGUACACAAAAGUUCCUUGUUCUACAUGGUUGUCAAAAGAAUCAAACGUUGUCAAAAGAAACAAACAAGAAACUACGUGUGAA